GAAGAAGACGACUCACGAGAGCAGAACGAGCACCGAUCGAUGGCAGUGAUGGCCGGGGCGGCGUCCAUGGAGGUGGAGCAGGACCUCCCGGGCUUCCGGUUCCAUCCCACCGAGGAGGAGCUCCUCGGCUUCUACCUCUCCCGCGUGGUCCACGGCAAGCAGCUCCACUUCGACAUCAUCGGCAGCCUCAACAUCUACCGCUACGACCCCUGGGACCUUCCUGCGAUGGCGAAGAUUGGCGAGAGGGAGUGGUACUUCUUCGUGCCGCGCGACCGCAAGGCCGGCAGCGGCGGGCGGCCGAACCGCACGACGGAGCGCGGGUUCUGGAAGGCCACGGGGUCGGACAGGGCCAUCCGGAGCUCCGCCGACGCCAAGCGGGUGAUCGGGCUCAAGAAGACGCUCGUCUUCUACCAGGGGCGCGCCCCGCGCGGCACCAAGACGGACUGGGUCAUGAACGAGUACCGCCUCCCCGACCACUCCGCCGCCGGCCGCGCCGCUCCGCCGCUGCCUCCCAAGGAGGACAUGGUGAUCUGCAAGAUCUACAGGAAGGCCACGCCACUGAAGGAGCUCGAGCAGAGGGCCUCUGCCAUGGAGGAGAUGCAGAGGCGCAUCGGCGGGGCCACAGCAACAUCCCUGGUCCAGGCCGCCGGCUCCACCGGCGACGACUACCUGUCGUCGGACGACACCUACGACACAAGUUUCCUGCAGUUCCCGUCCUCGUCAUCUCCCGCGCCGUCGGGCGACAGCUACGGCGCGCCCGCGGCCGCGCCCAGGGAGGCCAAGACGGAGGCCGCGGACGCCACGACGGUCACGGUGGCGUCGACGUCGUCGUCGUCCUCCCUGCUGCAUGCCGCGAGCGUGGCCGGCCCGGCGGUGAGGCACGGUGACCUGCCCACCCUGCAGGUGCCAACGCACCUCGGAGUCGCCGACUGGACGCAGAUGCAGGACCCGUUUCAGCUGCGCAGCCCGUGGCAGGACCAGCUCUUCUUCUCUCCCUUAGCCCACCUGCUAUACUGAAGUCUGAACUCUGAAGUGAGGAAGGUGCACGCGCAACUUGGAAGAAGUGGUGAACUGUAUCACCGAAAUGCGGUUCAGCUCUGCAACGGCGAGCCGCGAUGCUAGCUUAGAUGUGAAUUCGGUUGUAGAUAUACUGCACGAGCAAGUUGGAAGUAGAAGAAGAGUUGAGUACUCGUAUAUGCUCUUUUUAUUUCUGCGUGAUGUUGGUACGGGGCCUCUGACAUGAAAGUCAUAAUAAACUAGUCAAGGUUCAUUUUCUAA